AUGAAGGUGUCUUUGUACAUUGUAGUAACACUUCUUAUUUGUAUUUCUACUACUCGUGCUCUAUAUGGAACCGGUGACCCUGUUACCUUAUUAGAUGAAAAGAAUUUUGAUGACUUUAUUUCUCAGCCUGGUGUAAAUGUUGUCAAGUUCUAUGCCAGCUGGUGUGGUCAUUGUGAGAACUUCGCACCGACAUUCAAAAAAGCAGCCAGUGUUCUUAAAGGCUUUGUCAGUUUUGGCGUCGUUGACAACGACGCUCAUGGAAAAAUUGGAGAUCGGUUUAAUAUUGGAGGCUAUCCUACUGUUCUCAUCUUCCGUGGUGACAGAUCCGUGAAAUCGCCCGCAAAAUAUUCCGGACCCAGAACAGUUGAAGGAUUGGCAGAAUUCUUGAUGAAACAAGCUCAUGAUGUGAUUGCCAGUGCAGCUAAUAUAGAAGGUGUGAAGUUAGAUUUUGACACAAAAGCAAACUGUGGUAGUAGCGGUGGUUCAGGUGGUCAUUCAUCAUCUCAGCAUAAAGACACAGACAGCAGACAACAAGGAAGUCAAGAAGCUGAAAUUAUCCUUACUGAUGCCAACUUCGAUUCCCUUGUUCUUCAAAGUGAUGAUGACUGGCUAGUUGCUUUCAUUGCGCCAUGGUGUGGUCAUUGUCAAAAUCUUAAACCCGAAUGGAGAAAGGCUGCAGAACAGCUUCGUGGAAAGGUGAAAGUUGGUACUGUUGAUGCUACAGUUUACGAAAAACUUGGUCAGCGGUAUCAAAUAAGAGGAUUCCCCACAAUCAAAUACUUCAAAUCUGGUGAAGUUGUGGAUUAUGAACGUGGCAGAUCAGCCGAAGAUAUUGUUGCCUUUGGUUUAGAAAAACACGCUUUGAAUGGGCCACCACCAGAAGUGAAAGAGAUCACAUCGAAUUCCAUCCUGCACGAAGCUUGUGAUGAGAAACAGCUGUGUGUGAUCGGCUUUCUACCCAAUCUUCUCGACUGUCAGUCAAAAUGUCGUAAUCGCUACCUUGAUGUCAUGAAGAAUGUUGCUGAGAAACACAAGAUAAAUAAUUGGGGGUCAGUGUUAUACUUAUUAAGACUGUGUUUUUUAGAAAGGGUUUUUUUCAUUACUAUUCCAUUUUGUAGCUGGUUAUGGUCGGGAGCUCGAACCCAUAAAAAACUCGAGGAAGCACUCGAUAUUGGUGGUUUCGGUUAUCCCGCAUUGGUUACGGUGAAUUUAAGGAAAAAUAAGUAUGCUGUGAUGCACGGCUCUUUUUCAGUUGAAGGUAUUCGUGAUUUCCUCCAUGAGCUUGGCCAUGGGCGAAGUAGUUCAAAUCUAAGAGAGAUGAACUCUUUGCCAGAAAUUGAAGAUUCCAAACCUUGGGAUGGAAAUGAUGCUCCGGUUGUGCAUGAAGAGGAAAUUGAUCUCAGUGAACUUGGAAUCAAGGUUGAUCUGUAA